GAAAAUGGCAAUGGCGUCGAAUGUGAGUUUCGUCGCUUGCUAUCUGCAAGUUUCGUUCCCUCGAACCCAGACACCACUUCUAGGCUAUUAUACUCUCAAACCCCUCGUACCCAAGAAUUAUGAAUAAUGUUAUUCAUUUAGAGUUAAAUAAAAAUUAUUUGGUUUUCUCAUUAUAAAAUUUAAAAAAAUUUAAAAUAACACAAGUUUCAAUCAUUUUUGGCGUUUAGCAGGAGAUAUUAUUUACGUCACCAACCAAUCACCGGUUUAUCGAGCUUCAAGCCCGCGCCAUCUUCAUUUUUGAACAAAGCCAUUUGGUAGCGCGUUACGUCGUGUGCGUACUUGAACUACACAGAAAUCAUGAGUUCGAAGGAAAAUAACUCCGAAGUUGCGGUAGACAAAGCGACAGAAAAUAGUGAUAAAGCGGGAGGUGAUGCAAAAGCGGAGGUUAAAGGAAUGAAAAGGCCAUCCGAGGCGAAAAACGAAGACGCCAAAAAACAGAAAAAAGAGGAAAAUGGUGAAGAAGACGAUGACGUUGAAGACGAAGAAGACGUAGAGGGUGAAGAGGAGGACGAGGAAGAGGAGCUUCCGGAAGGCGAAGAGGAGCUGGACGAAGGAGAAGAGGAGGAGGACGAUGAGGGGGAAGGAGACGGAGAGGGAGAGGACGAUGAAGAUGAUUCAUAAUGAGAAGUGUGUGACAGAGACUUGAUGUGAACUGCUGGAAAGUGCGAUUGAAGGGAAGCCCCUGCGGUCCAGCUUGGAACACCCCCGACCAGACAUUGUGUGUUACAGCAGUUUGUCACGACAAAACAGGAUUUAAAAAAAAUACAGCAUGGUGUUGUGUGUAGCAGUUCAGUUUGUAGGUCGAGGUAGAUGUUUACUACAUAGAGUGAGUGGACUGUGUGUGUGUUUUUGUAUGACUUUAAUUUUGUACUUGGCAACCUUCAUUGUGGAAGGUAACAAUGUCUGCUAGUCUUCCAAGCUGUUGACCGCAGGUUAGUAAUAUUAAGUGGGGGGAAGGGAGUUAGGUUUCUAUUCACAUAAUUUACAUUAAUUCUUCGGAUUAAAUAAGUGAUAAAACUGUUUGUGUGUAAGUUAAAGCAUCUUGUGUUUCUCCUUGCGACUGGAUGAAUGGGAGUGUUUUCUCGCCUGGCAGUUAAAAGUUACUGUUUCCCCCCACUGAUGCGUGCUGGGGUGUUGGCGUAAUGGCUAUGCUGUGCACUUCAUGGGAGGAUGCUGAGAUUCAGAGGAUAACGAGAAUUCUUGGAAAAAUCGAAUCUGUGCAAGCGUUCAUAGACAAAGCGCAUUUGAUAAACUGUGUUUUUUUUUUAGUUUUAAAGACCGACAUUUUGUAAUUUCACUUAAUAAUUAAAAUAAUUUUUGUUCUUUUUUCUUAAUUUUAUUACAGUAUGACUUGUGUUUUUAAGUGUCUGGAUAAAAGCUGGUUGUAUGAUGUCCAUUUUCUUUUCUUGUGACAUUUGUAACAUAGAAUAGACUUUCCUUUUUGUAUUGUGUGCAUUGAACCCCAUUUUACUGUACAAAGAAUUCGUCUAAAGCACCUUAAUAGAAUGCCUGAACAGUGUUCAAGUGGUGUUUUACAAUUUGUGUAUAAUCUCGGAAUAAAUUUGACAAUGCAGGCAAAAAUAUUUCAAUAAUGGCCCAUGAUGGUGAUGAGGGCCAGCCAAUGUGAGUCAUAUUUAGCAGUUACAGUUCCAGCAUAGUCCGUCUACAUGGUCAGUCUUUGCCUCUUUGGUAACAAGUUUUCCCUAUCAAAUGUGUAGAUUGUAAUUUGUGUGUUUAUAACAGGCAUGACCAAUUUCUAAAAAAAAAUUGCAAUGUUCUUUUUUGACUUGUAACUAUUAAAUAUGAAGUAUUGAACUUGGUCUCUACUUUUUGGCCAUGUAUAAAGUGUGAAGCUCUGCUCAUUCCAACAUUAAAUAUUUAUUGUUGAACAAGUAUUAAAAAACAACUGGAAAUUUUUUUCAUAGGUCAGUUUUUUGUGGGAGUAGUAUUGAUAAUGUAAAACCAUCUGGGAUGUUGUAAUCCAUGCAUAGGUCACUAAAAAUCUAGAACAUUAAAGUGCUGUUUUUAUUCAAACAAGGUAGUAUUGAGUGUUGACGUUCUGCAACCCAAAUACGUCUUAUUCCAAUUGGCUAAGAAAAUGGAUAAUGCAUGCCACCUGGUGGUGGAGUGUAUAAGCUGUUGAGGUCUUCAAGGCCACAUUAUUUGUACUGACAAUCUUUUCAUGAAGGAAUAUAAUUUAUUGAUCUCAAAAA